AUGGCACAGCAAAAGACCGUCCUAAUCACUGGCUGCAGCGAUGGCGGAAUCGGCUCUGCACUCGCCAAAGCCUUCCAGUCGCAAGGCCUUCGUGUCUUCGCAACGGCGCGUACUGUUUCCAAAAUGGCAUCCCUGGAACAACUUCCCUCGGUUACGCUCCUACCMCUCGACGUAACUUCAUCCGCCAGUAUCGAUGCCGCAGUGGACGCAGUAAAGAAAGAAACAAACGGAUCGCUUGACUAUUUGAUAAAUAAAGCUGCGAUAAACCAGUAUCUUCCGGCGCUGGACACAAAUAUAGCAGAAGCAAAACAUAUGUUUGAUACGAAUUAUUGGGGUGCAUUAGAGACUACGCAGAAAUUCUCCGCACUGUUAAUCGCGAAGAAAGGGACGAUAGUUAGUGUCUCUAGUAUUUCAGCACAUGCAAACAUUCCUUAUUGCAGUGUCCUAGCCGCGUCCAAACGCUCACUGGAAAUACUCAUGGAUACUCUGAGAGUCGAAUUGAAACCAUUCGGCGUCAAUACUUUCUCAGUGGUCAAUGGUGUAGUCCGAAGCAACGCACAGAAUUGGAAGCAUUUUGAAAACUGGAAACUUCCGGACGAUUCUCUCUACAAGUCAUUGGAACAGCAUAUACAUGAUCGCAUCUCGGAGAAAGAUGGUGUUUAUAAUGACGGCAUUGAUAGGGUAGAUACGGCGCAGCAUGCCCAGAGGCUCGUGGAUAAGAUUCUUGCAGGUACGACAGGGACGCUGUGGAUCGGAGGUCAAGCUGGUGGAGUGAAGUUUGCUACCAAGUAUAUGCCGCAAGUUGUACUGGACAAAUUGUUCUCGGGUGGAUGUGGGCUAGAAAAGCUUUCUUGA